UAGGAGCGGGCGCCCGGCAGAGCCCAGCAGCCGCCGCAGCCGCCGCCAUGAGCUCCUACAGCUACGAGCCGUACUACAGCUCCUCGUACAAGCGCCGGGUGGUGGAGAGCUCCCCGCGGCUGCACGUCCGCACCACCUACGGCUCCCCGAGCAGGAGCAGCUACUCGUCGUCCGCCCUGUCCUCGGUGCGCCGCAGCUAUGCCGCCUCCUCCAGCCUGCUGGCCGGCGCCGACUCCAUGGACCUGUCGCAGGUGGCGGCCAUGAGCAGCGACCUGAAGGUGGUGCGCACCCAGGAGAAGGCGCAGCUGCAGGACCUCAACGACCGCUUCGCCAGCUUCAUCGAGCGGGUGCACGAGCUGGAGAAGCGCAACAAGGUGCUGGAAGCCGAGCUGCACAUCCUGCGCCAGAAGCACAGCGAGCCGUCCCGACUGCGCGACCUCUACGAGCAGGAGGCGCGGGAGCUGCGCCUGGCGCACGAGGACGCGGUGGCCGACCGCCAGGGCCUGCGCCAGCAGCGCGAGCGACUGGAAGAGGCGCUGCGGCAGCUGCAAGGGCGCUACGAGGAAGAGGCGCUGAGCCGGGAGGACGCCGAGGCCAGGCUGCUGGAGGUGAGGAAGGAGGCGGACAUGACCUCCCUGGCCAGGGUAGAGCUGGAGAAGAGGAUGGACAGCCUGCUGGACGAGAUCGCCUUCCUCAAGAAGGUCCACGAGGAGGAACUGGCGCAGCUUCAGUCGCAGAUCGAGUACGCCCAAAUCUCGCUGGAGGUGGACGUCUCCAAACCGGACCUCAGCUCUGCCCUGCGCGACAUCCGGGCCCAGUACGAGAAGCUGGCCGCCAAGAACAUGCAGUCCGCGGAGGAGUGGUUCAAGUCCCGCUUUACGGUGCUGACGCAAAGCGCUGCGCGCAAUACCGACGCCGUGCGGUCCGCCAAGGACGAGGUGUCGGAGAACCGGCGGCUGCUCAAAUCCAAAGCCCUGGAGAUUGAUGCCUGCAGGGGAGUGAACGAAGCUCUGCAGAGGCAGAUCCAGGAGCUCGACGACAAGCAGGCGGGGGAGAUCGCCGACAUGCAGGAUGGCAUUAGCAAGCUAGAGGAAGAGCUGAGGAAUACAAAGAGUGAGAUGGCACGAUACCUGAAAGAGUACCAGGACCUGCUGAACGUCAAGAUGGCGCUGGACAUAGAGAUUGCUGCCUACAGAAAGUUACUUGAGGGUGAGGAGACCAGGCUGAGCUUCUCCGGGGUUGGGGCCAUCACCAGUGGAUAUACACAAAGUACCCCCAUAUUUGGCCGCUCGGCAUACAACCUGCAGAGCAGUUCCUACAUCUCCACCCGCUCCUUCCCCACCUACUACGCCAGUCAUGUCCAAGAAGAACAGCUCGAUGUAGAAGAGACCAUCGAGUCCUCCAGAGCCGAAGAAGCCAAAGCAGAACCUCCAGAGGAAGAAGAAGAAGAAACUGCUGAGGAGGGAGGAGAGGAGGCAGAAGGAGAAGGUGAAGGAGAAGAAGAGGAAGAAGAAGGUAAAGAGGCAGAGGAAGAAGGGGAAGAGGAAGCCACAGAGGAAGAAACCCCAAAGAAAAAAUAAAACACAUGCAGACAGAUGUAAUAAACGCUGCUCCCUCCAUCUCCCCCUCCCGGUCCGCAGACCGCCCUUCCAUGCCUAGAUUCGGACCCCCCCCGCUUUAAGCAGAGUCCUGAUCCCACCCUGGCCAGCUUCCCCAGGUUGUGCAUGGUUACUGCAGGUGAGUCCAGCACCCAGAGCUUCCACUCAUUACCAGUGCAGGGAACUCUCCGGCGCAGCAGGGUUUUUUUUUUUUUUUUUUUUUAACCCCUUCACUGCCACACAACCAGCGGUAGAUUCCAUAGCAAUACCUUAAAUUCCACAACUUGAAAUCAGAGCCGCGGUGACUGCCCGGUCUGGUUUAAGAGAGGAACCGCCUGCUCUUGUGUUUUCGGUUACUUCUCAUCUUUUUGCACCUUAACCCCUCUGCUGCUGACUGCAAGGCAAUUGAGACUGCUGCAGUUAUCAAAUACGUCGGCGGCUUUUGUGGGUCUGUAUAAUUGUAAUCGCAAUAAAGAGGCAAAA